GUUCACGUUAAGCUCUCGUUCUUAUCCUCUCGCGAUAUUUUUCGUGUAUCAGAGGAGCUAUGGCAAUAGAAAACACAACGGGCAGCAAUGAAUUCGCGACGAUUUACACAAGAGACAGUCUCGCGAAUGACUCGUGUCAGGAAUAUGACUGUCCUCAGUCGAGGGUGUUUAAAAUUAUCGUUAUUGGGGAUUCAAAUGUUGGAAAGACUUGCCUAACUUACCGGUUUUGCGGUGGGAAAUUUCUCAAAAACCCCGAGGCAACAAUAGGAGUAGAUUUUAGAGAGAGGACCCUGCAACUUGAUGGAGAAUACAUAAAGAUCUGGGACACGGCUGGACAGGAGCGCUUCAGGAAGAGUAUGGUUGAGCAUUACUACCGCAAUGUCCACGCCAUCAUCUUUGUGUAUGACGUGAGCAGUCUGGCUUCAUUCGAGAGUCUGCCGGACUGGAUUGAGGAGUGUGUCCGGCACUCAGUCCCUCCCAUGGUACCCCGCAUCCUAGUUGGGAACAAAUGUGACUUAAGAGGAACGAGAGAAGUGUCCACGUUUUCAGCUCAGCGACUGGCUGAUAGCUACAACUUUCCUCUUUUUGAGACAUCUGCAAGAGACCCUGCAGAAAAAGAGCACGUAGAUGCCAUUUUCCUCACGUUGGCCUACAGGCUGAAGAAUCACAAGCCUCUGAGACUGAAACAGCCAAGCGAGAGCAGCUUCAUACAGCUCGCUGGUCAACAGGAGAAGACACACUGUUUAUGCUAAUACACUUUGGCCCGUAUAGUCAGUUCCAUGCAAUAAUUUAGGUUUAUUGGAAAAUGUGAGGGUGUACUCAGCUUUCA